AAAAACCCGGGCUACUUCACUUCUACUUCAAACCUCUUCCUCCACCUCCGAAAAUCAACAUGUCUUACGUCAUCCUCGGCCGGGCCAUUAAAACUGAGCACCUCACAUUGGGUACACUCUUCGCGACCGGCGGUGCCGUCUUUGCAUCCCUUGGUGGAAAGAAGGAUUCUGCAUCUUCAGGAAAACCUCUUGCAGAGCGCGUGAAAGAGGCUGUACCUAUUAAUGCUGGGUCGAGUGAAGAGGAACAAUUGAUGAACAGUAUCAACAACUUUAUUGCAGAGGCCGAGAAAGAGGGUGGGGCAGCGCAUCAUUGA